AUGUUCUUCUCAAGAUCGAAGGAACCAUCCUUAGAGAUUGCGAGCGCACCGGCAGCAUCCUCAUCGACUUCGACGAACACCGCAACAUCCUCUGCAUCACCGAUGAGCGAAGCGGAUUGGCAGGCUAAGGGAGCAGCGGGCCUCGGUGCCAUUUCGUCGCUCUCGCCGGAGUGCACACCGCUCAAGCACCGAUACGAUGCCUGCUUCAACCUCUGGUUCAAGGACUACCUGUCGAUCGGCGACGACCAGAUUCGAGAACAACAACGACAGAGCGAAUCAUCAGCGAGUGGGGCGACGACGCCAUCCUCACUGUCUUCAUCAAGUAGCUCUGGCGGCAAGAAAAGGUCGGGCUGGUUCUCCGACUCAUCUUCAACCUCGUCCGCCUCAACAAGCGCGACGUCGUUAGGUGGCGGUGACAUCGAAGCAAAGAAGCACGCUAUCAUGGAUCGUUACGACCGGGACUGUGGAAAGCUGUUCAAGGACUACCAGGCGUGCGUCAGGAGAGCUGUGACGGAUCGAGGGCUUGACGAUCUCAUCCAACAAGCGCGCAAAGAGAAUCCGUUCCCCUUCGACCACGAGCGUCAAGCAGAUCCACGCGCCAACAACCCGCCUUUCCCCUUCCCCGCAGCCAAGGACUGA